AUGUUCCCAGCCUAUGCCAACGCUGCUGCCGAAGAAAAGGAGGAGGGUGAGUGCGAAGACGGUCCCAGCUACUCGUCUUUCGAAACGCAGCAACAAAUAUUGGAAGCCCGUGCUCGAAAGCAGAAAAGGGCAAAAGAGGAACGUAUGCUUGAGAGAAAGAAAAAUGAGGCCGUGCUUCGGUACAUAUACAGCGAAGACGAAGAUGACGAUGAGGUGCAAGUCCAUGUUCAGUUGCCAACACCUUAUUUUACCCCGGUUAGUGUUCCGAAAGUUGAUUUACCGAUUUCUAAGAAGAAAAAGAAGAAAUCAAAGAACAAGAAGCGACGGAAUCAGAAGCCAAAGCGACCCAAGCGCCCCAGAGCUUCGUCCUCGUCAAGUUCGGACGCCUCUUCCGACGAUCGCAACCAUGAAAAGGGGAGAAGUCGGUCAAGGCGCUCGAGCACUUCAUCGACGUCUUUUUCUAGCGAAUCUGAAGAUCACCAUAGAAAGAGGAAGCAACAUGAGACACCAAAACUCACCUUAAAGAAAGAAAAAUGGGAGUUUCUCCGAGACAAAGAAGAGCGCUCUAACGAAGGCUCUUACAUUGGCAAGUUCUCUUUCUGUGGAACUUUCUUUAGCAUCUUUCAUAAUGUUUAUGAUCACGAAAUUUUCCAAAUGGAUUCCAUUCCUAAAGGGCAUACGACGGAUUAUAGAAAUCGCUUCUAUACAAUAUUGAACGGUAAUGAGCGAUUGGAUGAGCUGUUCUUCUCGAAGGAAACUCGUGAGUUGCGCCAAAAGAGGAUGAGAUCGGAUAGAUAUUAUGGAGGGCAGCUAAGGAGGCUGGAUGAUUCCAUAGUGGAACGAAAAUUUCGCAAACUGGAACCUUUAUAUCGUACUAACACUGACUUCAUUGCUUUAUCCAAAACAAGGAUGCAGGAAUUCAAAUAUUUGCAUGAAAUUGCUGAAAGAAAACGUAUGGAACAGCAGCAGCAGGCACUGAAUUUUGAUGUUGAAUUAACGACUCCGCCUGAACUUAUUGAACUGGAAAAACGAAGGCGGCAUGUUGCUACUGAAUUUACGAAUAACUCGAGCAAUUCCGAACUACUGGAUGAAUUCCUCAAGAUAAAUGAGGAAAUUUUCGACAGCAGUGGACCGAGCGGUUCGGCAGGUGGUCGAAAGGCUCUUGCUGAACGCCAACUUUCCAUAAUUGAUCCAAUCGAAUUUCGUCUGAAAAGGCUUCAGUUCUUGAAGGAAAUAAGGCCAAGUGGCGAACUGUUGGCCGAGUGGGAAAGGAUAUUGAAUGCUUUUGUCAAUAAUUGCUCUAUGUGGGAAAAAUACAUAGAUUUCAUACAAUACGACAUGGCGUUGUAUUCCAGUGAAGUUUUGGAGAAGGCGUUCGAUCGGUGUUUCGCUAAACUGGGCGCUAUCCUUGAUGGAGCCUUCAAAUCCCACAAACCAGAAGAAAAUACGGAAGUGUUUCUCCUGCAUAUGUAUGUAAGAAGGUUGAUGUGGUGGAUGGAACGUGGCUUUACGAAUCGCGCUGUUGCUAGUGUUCAGGCAAGUGUGGAGUAUAACCUUCGAGCGCCCGCGUCUUUGGUGAAUGCACCUGAGAAACAAAAGCUCGAGGCAUUUGCGAAGUUUUGGAAUAGCGGUGUUCCCCGAUUUGGAGAUCGACAGUCUAGAGGAUGGGAUGACUACUUCAACGGGCAGGUAGGCCUAGAUGAGCUGAGGGAUCCUGAAAUUAUAGAAAGAGAAGUACAAACACAGCUGAUUUUAGCGUUAGAGGAAAGGUAG